GUGGCGGGACGGACGUGUCAUGGCGCGCUCCAUCUAAAGUCUGCAGUUUCCGAGAAGAUGCCUUCUGCAUCCUGUGAUACACUGCUGGAUGACAUAGAAGAUAUCGUGUCACAGGAAGAUUCAAAGCCACAAGAUAGGCAUUUUGCAAGAAAGCAUGUUGUUCCAAAGGUACGAAGGCGAAAUACCCAAAACUAUUUGCAAGAGGAGAACAGACCCCCGAGUGAUAGCACAAUUCCAGGCAUACAGAAAAUUUGGAUACGAACAUGGGGUUGUUCUCAUAAUAAUUCAGAUGGAGAAUAUAUGGCUGGACAGCUAGCUGCUUAUGGCUAUAAAAUUACAGAAAAUGCAUCAGAUGCAGAUUUGUGGCUCUUGAACAGUUGCACUGUAAAAAACCCAGCUGAAGACCACUUUAGAAACUCAAUUAAAAAAGCUCAAGAGGAGAACAAGAAAGUUGUGCUGGCUGGAUGCGUUCCUCAAGCCCAGCCUCGGCAGGACUACCUCAGAGGACUGAGUAUCAUCGGGGUUCAACAGAUAGAUCGUGUGGUAGAAGUUGUGGAGGAAACAAUUAAAGGUCACUCUGUGAGACUGCUGGGUCAGAAAAAGGAUAAUGGAAAGCGGUUGGGGGGAGCACCAUUGGAUUUGCCCAAGAUUAGGAAGAAUCCACUGAUAGAAAUCAUUUCCAUCAAUACUGGGUGCCUCAAUGCCUGUACCUACUGCAAAACUAAACAUGCCAGAGGAAAUUUGGCCAGUUAUCCAAUCGAUGAACUAGUACAUAGAGCCAAACAAUCUUUUCAAGAGGGUGUUUGUGAGAUAUGGUUGACCAGUGAAGACACAGGGGCUUAUGGCAGAGAUAAUGGCACCAAUCUCCCCAUACUCCUGUGGAAAUUGGUUGAAGUGAUUCCCGAGGGAGCAAUGCUGAGGCUUGGCAUGACAAAUCCACCCUAUAUUUUAGAGCAUCUGGAGGAAAUGGCAAAAAUCCUUAAUCAUCCCAGAGUCUACGCUUUUCUGCACAUACCAGUCCAGUCUGCCUCUGACAGUGUACUCAUGGAAAUGAAAAGAGAGUACUGCGUGGCCGACUUCAAAAGAGUAGUGGAUUUUCUGAAAGAGAAAGUUCCUGGAAUAACUAUUGCUACAGAUAUUAUCUGUGGUUUUCCUGGAGAAACAGAUCAGGAUUUUCAAGAAACAGUGAAACUUGUUGAAGAGUACAAAUUUCCAAGCCUCUUUAUUAACCAGUUUUACCCAAGACCAGGAACUCCUGCUGCAAAAAUGGAACAAGUUCCAGCACAAGUGAAAAAGCAGAGGACAAAAGAUCUCUCUCGGGUCUUCCAUUCUUACAAUCCAUAUGAUCACAAGAUUGGUGAAAGGCAACGAGUGUUAGUAACAGAAGAAUCUUUUGAUUCCAAGUUUUAUGUUGCGCACAAUCGAUUCUAUGAGCAGGUUUUAGUGCCAAAGAACUCCUCGUUCAUGGGGAAAAUGGUUGAAGUGGACAUCUAUGAAUCAGGAAAACAUUUCAUGAAAGGGCAGCCAGUAUCGGACGCCAAAGUAUACACGCCAUCCAUCAGCAAACCGUUUGCAAAGGGAGAAGUCUCAGGUUUAACAAAGGAAUUCAGAAAUCGGCUUGGGAAUCACCAGAGUCCAAUACCCAACACCCCUGCUGCAGCUCCAUGUGACUCAGUGAGUUCCAGAAUGGUGCCGCAGAUACAAAGCAUGCACCAGGACUGGGCACUGAGGAUGUCCGUGGGCGUGGCUCUGUUUGCUCUUCUUCUCGCUUUUUUGGUCAAGAUCUAUAACUAGAACACACCUAAAUGAAGCAUCUGUGAAGAAGAAUAAAUUUUCUAAUUAAAAUCUUCAAUGAACAGGAGGGUGACCACAUCAGUUCUCAAAGGGCAAUGAUUCUAUGGGUCCCACUGCCCACUCUUCAGCCACGCUUUUUAAUGAGGCUCUCCUGUCACACAUUGAGUUGGGCCCAUUGGUUAUUCAACCUAAAACCCAAACACAGCUACCGUAACAUAUCUUUCAAAUUAAACUCCCUUUGGUUUAUUUUUAGCAAGAAAUGCAAGUGGUAGCAUUAAAAAAAAAAAAAUCUCCAAUCUUCGAGUCAGAACCUAAUUGUACAGUGGCUCUGGUCAUCUUUUCCUUAUAUGGAAGAAUUUUCAAUCUUUAAUAAACAUUUUUAAGUGUAUCUUCCUCUUCAUGCUUUGUUUGGAGCCCCAGUGCUACAAACAUCUUAUUUUUCACACAGAUGUGUUCCUGAAAAGUUUAUAUGGAAACCUAUUUGGGGAACUUGAAUGCUUUUGGAAUGUGCAGUGAGAGUCUUCCAAUUAACAGGCGCCUGGCAACAUUCUGUGAAAUACAAGGAAUCACCCACUUCUGUAGCACCCACAAACUUUGGAAAACUGGAUUUGUCUAAAACAAACUGUGUCCCUUUUCUGACAUUUUUGAUCAGUUAGAUCAAAUGCUUUUAUUUCUACUUGGCAUCAUUGGUCCUUACUAAUUGAAGUGAUUUCUCACACACACACACACAAAAAAGAAUUGGUAUAAUAAGCAAAUCUUUUAUUUAUCAGAAUUAAAAUAAGCUAUUUGGAUUGUAUAGGCACAGGGCAAUCAGGUGCCUGGUGGUUACCAUAGGAUUGGUUUCAUCUUGGAACACCUCCCCCCUCCAUUGAGCUCCUCCUUUGAUCUCAGAAGAGAUGUUUCAGCCUUUUAUGUGUUGUUUCAGGAAUCUAAAUUAAAAUUUAUGUCAUCA